AUGAGCAAUGCCGACAGCCGAGACGACACGCCGUCACCGCCGCGUAGGACGCGGCAGGAGGUAUGGAAUCACCGCAAUGUGGAUGCGAUACCCAGUGAUCUCACCAGAACCAGUGCGCACGUGGACCCCAUAUCGAGCAGCGGAGCCGUAAACGCGACCAGGACUUUGAGAGAAAGCAAGCGCUACUUUGGUUGCAUCCGCGUUGUCGUGCGCUGUCGCCCGUUGCAGCCGGACACAGAAGCCCACCACUCAGCCGAGCGCGUUCAUAUCAAUGGCGACGAGGUGAUCGUGCGUGAUAGGAUGGCGCCAAACGAAGGCCGGUCCUACCGCUUCGAUCGGGUCCUGCCUGCCGAAGCAGAUCAGGUAGCCACCUUCGCGGAGAUCGCUCCUCUCGUGGAGCACGUACUCGAUGGGCUUCACGCCACCGUAUUCGCCUAUGGGCAAACCGGCAGCGGCAAGACUUACACCAUGGAUGGGUUGCGCAGCUGCGGAUUGAAUCUGCAGCAGCGCAAGGCGGUGGUACCUCAUGUGGACGGGACAGCAGUUCAGCAGCACGGGAUCAUGCUUCGUAUCAUUCAGCUGCUCUUUGACCGUGCACGUGAACGGCAACGCGCGGUUGGCGUGGAAGACGCCGAAUCGCCGGAUAAUGCCGGAACGACAGACGACGGGGUGGUGUACACGUUUCGCUGCAGCUUCUACCAGAUCUACAAUGAAAAGAUUUCUGAUCUGCUCCGCGGCAUCGGCGUCUCGGCAAACGCCAACGAGGCAGCGGCGCCUUUGCCGUUCUCUUCGUCCACCCUGGCAAAGCUCCAGAUGGAUGCACGCGGCAAGAGAGGCGUCGAUCAGGGCGACCUGCGUGUGCGCUGGCACAAGGGCGACGUCUUCAAGGUGGAGAACUUGUUUAUUUGCAGCUGUAACUCCCCGGAUGAGAUGCGUGGGAUGCUCUUCAGCGGGAUUCAGCAGAAGGUUGUGAGCAGUCACCUCAUCAAUCGCCAGUCCUCCCGCUCCCAUUGUGUCUUUACCAUCUACGUGGAAAGCCGCGCCCGCCAAAAUGGUGAGCUGCUCAGUCAAUCCGAGCUGUCACUUGUGGACCUAGCAGGCUCCGAAAAGAUUGGUCUUCUCUCCCACCGCCCAGGCGCGAAGCUUAUCAAGGAGUCCAUCGACAUCAAUACGUCGCUGCUGGCUCUGGGAAAGGUGAUCACCGCGCUCAGUGGCGGAGCUGCGGAGGCGACUUCGACACUUAAAAGGAAGAACGCCGGUGUGGUAUCUCACGCUCGCGGCGGUGCAGAGCAGCACACCGGAGGCCGCCACAUUCCUUAUCGUGACAGCAAGCUGACAAUGCUCCUCAAGCACGCUCUUGGUGGCAACUCUCUGACCACCAUGAUUGCCUGCAUCAGUCCCCCCGGACCGUUACGUGGAGGAGACGAUCUCGACGCUUAUGUAUGCGGGUCGCGCGAAGAGCAUUCGCAAUGCGCCGCACGUGAACGAAGAUGCGACGACGUUGCUAAUGCGAAAGCUCCGAGGGGAGAUUGCCCAGCUUAA